AUGCAAAAAGUAGAGGUUGUAGCGAGUGUUCAAGAAAAAGAUUGUGAGGCUCUCAAUAAAUCGCCAGAUAUGCCGAGGUGGGAAAAUGCUUCGGAGGAGUUUCCAAAACUGGACCAGUUGUCAGGAAACGGCACCUUCGAUGUGUUAGUCAUCGGAAACUCAUAUGUCCAGCGCUACCGGCAAUGGCCGGAAAAGGUGUUCAGGGGGCGAUACCGGAAGUUCUAUCAAACGCAGGUGACAACUUGCGUGCCGUUUCUAAACUACACCGGAAUCGACUGGCAGGGCCCUGGAUGUGAAAAGUUUAGCGCGAGGAUUUUUGAUGCCGUUGAUAGGAUGCGACCAAAGAUAUUGGUUUUGAUAUUAGGUUACGGUCUCGCUAACGACUUGAUCACAAAACAUUAUGACGAAAUGCUUCCCACUGCAAUGCAACGUAUUGAGAUUUUAUCGAAAAUGACCGACCACCUGCUAAUCACUUACCCAAUAUACCAGGCCGCUCACCAGCUCGCCGUUGAUCUCCUCUACGAAGAAAUUCAAUACCGAGAACAGCAGAAAAAUAACGAAACCGCGUUACCUGUACAAAAAGUA